AUGGCCAUAGCCAGGCCAAUCCGGCUUCUAGGGGCACUGUGCAUCCUACUUGUCAUCGGCGUUAUCUUUUACGUUUCACAUCCAACACAGUCGCUGAUAAGCGUCGGCAGUCGGCUGCAAGAUGGAAUGAAGAGUGAUCCCUUGUUGGAUCCGACUGGCGAACCUGAGGGUCUGUUAUGGCGCGCAGAAGACCACGAUUAUUCCCCGGACAGCACCGAAUCCGCCCGAAUCAAUGCGACGCUUCUUGUUCUAGUUCGCAACGAGGAACUGGGUGACCUCGUGAAGACUAUGGAGGACUUGGAGCGGACUUGGAACAACAAGUUCAACUACCCGUGGACGUUCAUGAACGACAAGCCGUUCAGUGAAGAAUUCAAGAGGAAAACACAAGCUGUUACCAAGGCCAAGUGCCACUAUGAACUAGUACCGAAAGAGCACUGGGAAGAACCAGAUUGGAUCGAUCCAGAGUUGGUGAAGGAAUCGAACAAGAUCCUGGAAGAGGCCAAGAUCCAAUACGCCGACAAAGCGUCUUACCACAGAAUGUGUCGCUGGAACAGUGGCAUGUUCUACAAACACCCCGCCCUAGCCAACACGCGGUAUUACUGGCGAGUGGAGCCCAAAGUCCAGUUCUUCUGCAACGUCGAUUAUGAUGUCUUCCGAUACAUGCAAGACCACAAAAAGACAUACGGCUUCACCAUCAACCUUUUCGAUGCGCCUGAAACCAUUACUAGCCUUUGGCCCGAAACAGAGCGUUUCCUGAGCGAACACCCCGAGUACCUCGCGGACAACAACAUGAUGGAAUGGCUUGUGGACGAUAAGCUGCGUCCGGAACAUAACAAAAAGGCCAAUGGGUACUCGACGUGCCAUUUCUGGUCCAACUUUGAAAUCGGCGACAUGGAAUUCUUCCGCAGCGAAAAAUACGAAGCCUACUUCAACCACCUGGAUCGCGCUGGUGGCUUCUUCUAUGAAAGAUGGGGCGAUGCCCCUGUCCAUUCUAUCGCCCUGGGUCUCUUUGAAGAUGCCAGCAAGGUACACUGGUUCCGAGACAUUGGCUACCGUCACGUCCCAUACUUCAACUGCCCCAACUCGCCCAAGUGUUCCGGUUGCAAACCGGGCAAGUUCUACGAAGGCGCGGACUUUUUGGCCAAGGAAGACUGCCGGCCAAACUAUUUCAAAUACGUCGGUACCCAUUAA